AUGGAUCACCUCGCUGUCUCGGUCUCUUCUCCCGAGUGGCUUCCUGUUGAUGGUGGCAUUAAUCGAGCUUGCCGUGGAAAGUCGCCGGGUGACAACUUGGCUUCGUACUUCACAGUGAACCAGGGAGUGGCCAGCUUGACUGCUUGCCAAGAUCUCUGUGAGAGCACGGCCGGUUGCAAGGGUAUGGAGUAUCACACUUCUGGCAGAUGUGAGAUUUGGACUCGUGCGGGCGGGAUUGAGGCAAGCAUCAGCUUGGAUGGAUACUCCUGUUACAGCUACGAGAUCUCGGAUUUCAUUGCAGUUGAUGCUGGCGUCGACCGUGCCUGUCGUGGCGAAAGUGCGGCAGAUGAUUCGCCCAGUUAUAAAAUGGUGCACACCGUCGAUUCCCUGAGUGAAUGCAAGCAACUGUGCAGAAGCAAUGCUACUUGCACAGGUAUCGAGUUCAUCAACACACGAUGUGAAGUCUGGACGCAUGAAAUCCAAGCAUCAGUUGCAGCAGCCGGAUUCCAGUGCCUCAAGCUUGAGUUCACCAAGAUUGAUGGGGACAACCGCGCAUGCCGGGGCUCAAGCACGACGGACAAUAAUCCUCAGAACUAUGUUGUUGCGCCAGGCUCUUCGUCGGAGGCGGAAUGCAAAGAAGCUUGCAGAGCACAGGAAGGGUGCUCUGGCAUUGAGUAUAGCCUGGGCAGAUGCGAGUUGUGGAUUCGCCCGCAGGGCAUCCAGGCGACUGUGCCCUUGGAUGGCUUCAAGUGCCUGCGCUACCAUGGAGUUGGCGCAAUGCAAACCACGACGGCGCCGACAACUAUCACCACAACCUUGUCUGGCACCUCAGCGGUGGACCAUGCUCAAUUUCUUAUACGAGCCACUUUUGGCCCUACGCUGUCAAGCCUACAAGAGCUUGCCAACAAGACGUAUGAAGCCUGGAUUGAUGAGCAGAUGCGAUUGUCAGCUGGACUACACCGAGCGUAUUGGAGACAGCGAGUGAAUCCGCACAUCCUCCCGGAGGACGUCGCCAAUGGGGACAUGAUUGGCAACGCACGCUCCAGAUGUGAGAAGGGCUCCCGCUGGGUCGGCUAUACUUUCCUGACACGUGAUGUUGGACGUCCGGUCAAGGUAAGAGGCAAUCGGAUCUUGGUGGACAAUCUGCAUCGUGCUGACAUAGACCCAGCCUAUGUAGGCAACGGCAUGGAUCCUCCACAGACUUGCAACAACAACCCGCCAGAUUCCUGGCAGACCAGAGGUCUGACAUGUGAAUCCGAGGCUGAAAGCAUGGCAUGGAAUUGCUAUGACGAUUUCUGGAAGGAAGAGAAGCUUUGCCAGAGGACAUGUUUCGAUCAGGGGCAUGGUUAUGCUGGAGAUGACUGCUCUGGCGGUUGGUCAGGAGUGGACUUUGAAGGUUAUGUCUGCAGAGUUAAAGCAAACGCAGUUGGAGCAUGGGUGCAGUUAGGUACGGCAGAGGACUGUGCUGCUGGAUUGCGGGCCAUGACAAAUCCCCACAUUUGGAUGGCAACCGCAACUGCCGAAAUGACACAGGUGCUAAGCUUUACUGUGUUCCGUCCAAACGUGAUCAUUAUGUCCGAGUCCGUUGACCCAUGCAACCUUGGCACCACGGUCCAAUCUGACAUGGAAGGCGAUAGCCGUUUCUACAUGCUGGAAACCCGCCUGAGCUUAGUGGAGAACACGCUGGAAAACCCUGCUUCUGCUGGCUCAUGGCUUGGAGGGGUUUGCCCGGCAGUGAGCAAAACAUUUGUCAACAAGGAGAGCUGUAAGCUUCUACCAGGCUGUUUGCCUCUUGGGGUGGAGAAUGUCCAGCUGACCCUGAAUGCGGCAACAUUCCAGAGAUUCUUCACGGUUGGGGGACGAUACGUAUAUGCAAUUAGAGGCUUGCGAGCCUCUCAGUCACCAUGCAAUCGGCGGUCACGCUGGAAGAUGCUGGAUUGCCAGGUGGACUCAUGCUCUGUGACCUCCCUUCCUGCUGGUGAUGCACAGUCUGUCCAGUCACACCUCACGGCAGAGGCAUCACAGGGAUGGCUUCGUGACACGACCAUCCAGUGCAGCUCUGUUCCAGCAGGAGCGGUCGUUCAAGUUGGUGCUGAGACUUUCAAGCAUGUUCACUUGGAUGAGUACAAUGUUUUUGACUUUACCGAUUGGGCUGCAGCCCAUCCUGGUGGUCGGGACAAGAUCACCCAGUGGACCGGCCAGGGCUAUGAGCUCGUCUUUCCUUCUUGGCAUGACAUGUCUCGCUGGGAUUCUGGAAGUGCUCCCGGCAUUCUUCGACCAAAUCUGGUGGGGAAGUACAACGAGGUGGUUUUGCUGCAGACGCUGCCGCAGCCUUUACAAACCCAGGCCAUUCUAGAUGACUUCAGCAGUGGUCAAGCAGGAGACGAAGUAUCACUUGUGUGCGGCUCACCUGGAGAAGUUGCGAACGAGCCUCUUCAUGGCCAUCAGUUGUCCAUCACGCAUGGUGGUGAAUAUGACUGGCACUUCGACAUGGACUACCUUUCACGAUGGGGCACAGACAGACUGGCAAAGACCGCCGUUUGGACCAUGCAAGCCCUCUAUGGCAAUGACCAGCUCCGGCAGCGAACGGCGUGGGCGCUGUCGCAGAUCUUUGUUGUUGCCAUUGUUGGUGAUAAUUUCGCUGGACAGAAUGAAAUGUGGUUGAACCUAUACGACAUCUUUGUGCGACAUGCCUUCGGCAACUUCAGAGACGUUUUACGAGAGGUCACUUACAACCCGAUCAUGGGCGAUUACUUAACUUUCAAAAGAAAUCGUGCCUUUGAUGAGAGCAACAACUAUCCGGACGAGAACUUUGCUCGGGAGAUUAUGCAGCUCUUCACAAUUGGCCUGUGGAAGUUGAAGGAGGAUGGUACAAGAAUGAAGGAUGACUUGGGGCAAGAUAUCCCAACCUACACCAACGAGCAUAUCAUGAAUUUCGCGCGCGUUUUCACAGGCUUCGAUGAGCAGCCUGACCGUGAUAACAUUGAAUGGGUCUGGAACAGGAAUUUCAUAGAUCCAAUGCGACUCCAGGCUAGAUGGCGUGAUGUUUACCCCAAGCCGAACUUGGACAGCGGCUAUCUGGGAGAUGGAUAUCCUUUAUGUUCCGACCUUCCUGUGGGCUACUUCUUGCGAAAGGGUGCUCGAUAUGAAUUCCUUGGGCAUACGUACGCUGGAACGGAUGUAUUGAAUUUGACCACGGGCUCAGCCCUUUUCGCACAGCUUUGUGCAUCCAGUGGAUCCGCAUGCAGCUAUCGUCCGGAAAUAGAGCUGCCACAGGACGUUGCGUGCAGCAAUCAGGAAUGUGCUGUGGAUACGGUCUUUGUUGUGAAUGUGGCUGGAGGCUUUUAUGAGUAUGUGCCGCCCACGUGCGUGAACAUGUUCUUCUUCAAUGGACAAGUCACUCGUAGAGGCGGUCGAGCCUGGGGAUGGACUGAUAAAUGCCAGGAUCCGAAUCUUCCAGUUGCAGGCUCUGCUUGCUGCGGUGGAUGCAAGAAUCGCAAGGAUUGGUGGUGGUUGGACUGGAAAAAAUGCUCUUGUGACAAUGCCACAGAGGUGUGCCCAGAGCUCUUCACGGAGAAGUGCAAGCAUGAUGAGGUUUGGGCAGAGCAUAAAUGGUGUCGUCUCGCAUGCUGGGAGAACAAUGCCGGAUAUGAUGGCGAUGACUGCACGAAGGGCUUGUGGCGUGGCGAGCGACUUUGCGGGUAUCCCAUGGAAAACGUGAGGAUGGCGACUGCUGUGCGUCAGUGUGCGGCCCGUGGUCUAGAGCUCUGUUGGGAGCGUCUGGAAGGCUAUGAAUGUGACUAUGAUGAGGUUCCAGUCUGGACACCCCAAACAUGCACGUACGAAGUCGUCGUGCAUUCUGAUGGCAAGGUCAGCUCAAAUCUGACCAGCCGAACGCUGCAAAAUGCAUUUUCCGUUGUCUGGAAAAACUCAUACCCCCAGGUAACUGCCACAACAUGUCCAGCAGGAUGCAAGGCAUCAGGUGAAGCGUGCUCCUGCACUAUGGGUGUGGAAGUUCGUCAAGUUUUCACUGAGAUCCCUGGGGUGGAUCAUAUUCACAGAUUGAAGAUCGGAGCAGUGACACCAUCCGGCCAGUGCAAUCAAGCAUGUUCGGGACCUGUGCGCAUGUAUUCUGCCACUGGCAUGAUUGAUCCCGAGACUGUGUUCGAGUUUGAUGGCAAGUUCUUCAAGAACAAGGAAGUGGUAGUCAUCGCAGGUGACAAAGCUUCCGGCUUCGAGUUCCGCAACCCACCGGCCUUUAUGACCUUGGAGAAUCCUCGUGAGAGGGACGCACAUGCAGAAGUGGAGAGCUUGUUGGAUCAUCUUUUCUACCACAACAACACUGCCCCUUUCAUUUCCUACCGUCUGAUCCAGCGAUUCGGCAUGUCAAACCCAUCGCCAGAAUAUGUUGGGGCGGUUGCGCAGGCAUUUAGAACUGGUGAGUACAAUGGACGUGUUUAUAGCGGUGCAUAUGGGGACCUGGGAGCUGCUGUUGCUUCCGUAUUGUUGUACCGCGAAGCACUUUCUCCAAGCUCAGCUGCGGAUGGAUCGCUUAGGGAGCCGCUGCUGAAGGUGAUGCAUUUUAUGAGAUCGUUGGAGUACAAGGAUCGCACUGGACGCAACGUUCUGCUCGAGAAUCUGAUGCCGAUGAUUGGCCAAUUCCCCUUCCGUUCUCCAUCGGUAUUUAACUUUUACUUGCCAGGCUUUAUGCCCGCUGACUUUCCUGCUGACAUGGUCGGACCUGAGUUCCAAAUCUUCACACCUCCCAUGGCAAUCAGCUUCGCGAACGGGAUUACUUCUCUGAUUGAGCUCGGCUUGGGGCCUUGCGAGGGAGGAUUUGGGUUUAAUGCUCCUCAGAAUUGCUCCAACGGACAGCUUCACCUUGGCGAGUUGGAGUGCUUGCAGCCGACUAUUGAUCAGCUGAACCUGCUUCUCACAGGUGGACGCCUAAACGACUCAGCAGUCAUUCGGCACGCUUGGGAAGAUGCAGAAGGUGGCCAGGAAUAUAAGACCGCACAGAUGGCGAUGGUGAUGACACCAGAGUUCCACACAAUUGGCAAUCCUGCACCGAUGGGCCCACGCGUUCCAGAACCACCGGAGGUAGCGAGUGAUCCGCGAUCCUAUAAAGCACUUGUGAUGGUUUUCCUGAAUGGUGGUGCUGACACAUUCAACAUGCUAGUGCCAAUGGACUGUGCGCUCUAUGACGAGUAUCAGGAAGUUCGAGGCUCUGUUGCAUUGUCGCCAGCUGAGCUCAACCGGAUAGCAACCGAAGGGCAGCCGUGUGCUGACUUUGGAAUUCAUGCUCGCCUACCAAUUCUCAAGGAGCUGUAUGACCUCGGAGAGGCUGCAUUUGUCAGCAACGUUGGCUCUUUGGCGGCUCCAUUGAGCAAAGCACAAUGGGAGAGUGGCGCAGGAGAGCGUUGCACUGGCUUAUUCUCGCACUCUGAUCAGCAGCAGGCCGCUCAGACUUUGACCUGUCAGAAUGCUGCCUCGUCUUCGAAAGGUGCAGGAGGCCGAAUUGCUGAUGCAUUGGGCGCUGGCAACCAGAAGUACAGAACCAUGUCCUUUUCGGUGGCUGGCAUGUCGACUUGGCCGCAGGGUAGGGAAACCGCGGCAGAGAUCAUUGAUCAACGUACAGGAGCAGUUAAGUUUGAGAAGUAUGAGCGUCUCAAGACUGUGAUCAACAACAUCACGAGUGUUCGCCAUGGCAACAUAUACGCCGAGGAGUUCGUGAAGAAAUUUUCUCAAGCAAUCACGUUCAACGAGGAGUUGGACAAACAGCUCAAGACGGCAAAGCUAAAGACUUCGUAUCCAACCAACGAGGUGGAUCUCUCCCGGCAACUCAAACAAGUUGCGCGCCUUAUUGCUGCACGUGCAGAGCGCAAAGCGGAACGAGAUGUUUUCUUCGUGGAGAUUGGUGGUUGGGACACGCAUGCCAGCGUCAGCCUUGAGCUCAACAACCGAUUUACAGACCUCAAUGCUGCAUUGCAGACAUUUGUGACUGAGAUGAAGGCUCAGGGCAUUUUUGGCUCGACGACCUUGCUCACGCAUUCAGAUUUUGCGCGAACUUUGACGCCGAACAGUGGUGAGGGAACCGACCACGCCUGGGGCGGCAAUUAUGUCAUCCUUGGAGGUGCUGUGAAGGGUGGCCGUGUCUACAACGACUUCCCCGCAUCUUUGAAGGAAGGCAGUCCUCAGGAUGCCGGUCGUGGCCGUCUCAUACCCAAGUAUCCAUGGGAGAACAUGAUGCUGCCUAUUGCCGAGUGGAUGGGUGUUGACGGCACUCAGACGUCUGAUGUCUUUCCCAACAUCGCCGCGUUCAACUCGUCACUCUUGAUGACAAGCUCUACACUUUUCGUGGCAGGAAGCUGA